AUGGGUAAGCUCCAUUUGGUGUUGGGUUUCACUCUUUUGGUUCUACUUGGCAGUGUCUCAGCUGCACCAUCAGCCACUACUACUUCACCAGCAAAGAUUGUUAGUGGGUUUCUCUCAAAUGCCGUGCCUGCUUUCACUAAAUGGGUGUGGUCGUUCAAAUCAACCACCAAAACGGCUAUUGCUGGGAAGUCAAUGAUGAAGUUCGAGCAUGGGUACACUGUGGAAACCGUGUUUGAUGGAAGCAAGCUUGGAAUAGAGCCUUAUGCAGUUGAGGUGUUGCCCAAUGGGGAGCUUCUGAUUUUGGAUUCGGCUAAUAGUAACGUUUAUCGGAUUUCUUCCUCACUUUCUUUAUAUAGCAGACCGAAGCUGGUGGCAGGAUCUGCUGAAGGAUAUUCUGGACAUGUUGAUGGAAAGCUCAGGGAGGCUAGGAUGAACCACCCAAAGGGGAUAACGGUUGAUGACCGAGGGAAUAUCUAUGUUGCUGAUAUUAUGAAUAUGGCAAUUAGGAAAAUUAGCGACUCAGGGGUCACAACAAUUGCUGGAGGAAAAUGGAGCCGUGGAGGGGGCCAUGUUGAUGGACCAAGUGAAGAAGCUAAAUUUUCUAAUGACUUUGAUGUGGUUUAUGUUGGAAGUAGUUGUUCCCUACUCAUCAUAGACAGAGGAAACCAAGCCAUCAGGGAGAUCCAACUACACUUUGAUGACUGUGCUUAUCAAUAUGGAAGUGGAUUUCCACUUGGAAUUGCAAUGCUUGUUGGGGCUGGCUUCUUUGGUUAUAUGCUGGCAUUGCUGCAGCGUAGACUUAGUGCUAUUGUAGCAUCUCAGGAUGGUCCAGCAAUGUCUGGCUUUUCACCAAGUCCAUAUGAAAAGCCCUUGAAAUAUGUCAGGCCUCCUUUAAUUCCAUUAGAAGAUGAAUCUGAUAAGCAAGAAGAAGGUUUCUUUGGAUCCAUUGGGAAGCUUCUUGCCAAUGCCGGGGCAUCAGUAAUGGAAAUAAUGGGAGGGUUAUUUCCUGGUUUCAGAAAAAAACCACAGAGCUAUGAAAUUCAAAGCCAACCGCAGUUCCAGCAACCUCAAAAGCAAGUAAAUGCUUGGCCUGUGCAAGAAAGUUUUGUGGUUCCACAUGAAGAUGAGCCCCCUUCUAUUGACACAAGAACCCCCACCCCUCGGAAAACAUAUCCUUUCAUGUCCAAGGAUGCUGAAAAAAUGCCACAAUUGUGGCAAAGUCGAGCAUUUUACAGUGGAUGGGAUGGAGAUCUUCAGCAUCAACAACAGCAACAACAACACCAACAAAAACAUCAUCAUCGCCGCCAUCAGUACCAUUCAUCAAUCCCUCACACUUACUAUGAGCAAAGCAAUGAAGAAACCAAAGAGAUACUAUUUGGGGCAGUGCAGGAGCAGGAUGGGAAGCAGGAAUCUGUGGUUGUUAUCAAGCCUGUGGAAUAUGGUUAUUCUCUCUAUGAUCAUCACAAUAUUCGGUCUCGAACCAGUUCAAUGGCCCGAUCAAUAACUGGUGAAUCGGUUAUAAAUUGGGUUCAACCGAUGCUAAUCCGACACCAAAAGGUGUCAAUCCACGUGUCAUUUUCCAUGUUAGACUCAAAAAAAAUUCUAGUCCUUGAAUUACAUAUAGUCAUAAUUUUUGUCAAAGUAGUUUCAAAUAUAUUUUAA